CUUUGUCUUGAUCUUCAUCUUUGUCUUUGGGGUCUGAACCCAGCUGAUGAGAGAAGUGUGAUUUGAAGCCACAUGUUGUGGGGCUGAUGGGUUGGUCCCCAUGUGCAGGACAGUCUUCGGCUCUGUGGCCCCGGCUCUUCUUCAGCUGCAGAGUUCUUUGUCCAUCUCGGUCUUGGCUCGAAGCUGCCCAGAUGAUCCAACCAAAGAUUCCUCUUUUAUAAACCUUAUAUAGGGUUUAUAAACCCUAUAUAAGGGACUUCCUCCGCCCAGAGGAAGUCCCAUCAAACAAAACAAAACAACAACAAAAAAAACUACGCAAUUAUUUCUAACUCAAAACCUUGAAAUAUACAAAAUAAUAAGGAAAUAUAAAUAAAUUUAUAAUCAAAAUACACUCAAACAAAAAACAACCAGCACAUUGUGAUGUCUACAUCACAUUACAUAAUUUGCUCCUGGUGCGCUCCAAAUCGGAAACAACUUCACUCAAAAGAAAAACGGAAAAGCAUCUACCUGAAAAUAACCGAUUAGAAUGAACGUCAAACAAGAACACCGCGUGUGCACCCACGAUGAACCACCUCAGUCCAAACUAAAAGGAAAAGAAACAGCGGUGAAGAGGCUAAUGAAGGAAGCUGCAGAACUGAGGGAUCCGACGGAGCACUACCACGCCCAGCCACUGGACGACAAUCUCUUUGAAUGGCACUUUUCUGUACGCGGGCCCCCAGAUUCUGAUUUUGAUGGUGGGGUGUACCAUGGCAGGAUUGUUCUUCCCCCAGAAUACCCCAUGAAGCCUCCCAGCAUCAUCCUGCUGACACCAACUGGGAGAUUUGAAGUAGGGAAGAAGAUUUGUCUGAGCAUCUCAGGGCAUCACCCAGAGACUUGGCAGCCUUCUUGGAGCAUCCGAACUGCACUUAUAGCUAUAAUUGGAUUCAUGCCAACUAAAGGUGAAGGUGCAAUAGGAUCUCUGGAUUACACCCCAGAAGAGAGAAAGGCCCUCGCUAAAAAGUCCCAGGACUUCUGCUGUGAAGCUUGUGGUUGUUCAAUGCGAUCUGCCCUCCUUCCUCUGACCUCCAACAGCAACCCCAGUGCUGAGGAUCGCCAGGCCAAAGAACUAGCUCAACAAAUUAAAUUCAAGGCAGAAUCCAGUAUUACACCACAGGCUUCUACUAGUGGAAGUAAAGCUUCAACUAUCACCCAGGGAGAAACGUCCAGCUCUUCUGAGCAGCACGCUGAGGAAAGACCCCAGGCUGAACAGGCGGAAGCGUCUUCAGCAGCAGAUCCAGAGGAGCCCCAGGCCCCCGAUGAGAGCGGCCCUGUUCGUCGGCUCAGUCCCAGACAGCGCCGGGCCCAGCAGCUCAGCCGACAGGCCCCCAGGGCCGGCAGGGAGCCAGCAGCUAGCAGAGCUCUGUUUGGUCCGGCGCCUCGCCGUGACAACCAUGCAGCCUCUGCAGUCCUCAUCGUGGUUCUCACCCUGGCCUUGGCUGCCCUCAUCUUCCGCAGAAUCUACUUGGCUAAUGAAUACAAGUUCAACUAUGACCUGUGAUGUUUCCCCUUGCCACUGUAGUCCACAGAACUCUGAGCAGAACCGUGGAAGGCAAGCUGAGGCCGUAGCUAACAGUGAGGUUGGGCCUUUUCCACUAACAUGCUUCCAGGACUAGAGCAGGCUGGUGCCAGAGCUGUUUCUAAUCGGGUUCUAUUACACAGGUAAAAACUCCUGGUUUUAUUCACAGCUGUAGAGCAGACCCAGCCUCAUCAUGAUGUCUUCCAGGAUGUUUCCUCCCCUCUCUGGUGUAUCUUGUGCUUCAGCUUACCCAGACCGACUACAGUCUGUCUCAUUGCCUCUGCACACAUGUUUUAAUGUCAUAUAUUUGAAUUAGAAGUGCUACUUUACACAACUCGUGAUGUUUAAAUGAAGCCCAGAGCACAGUUCACUGUGAAAAUCCCCGGAAUCCAAACUGUCAGCAGUUGAUGGUAAAACGAUGGCAGCAGAGUAGCAACCGCGUCCAGCAUGACAGCUGGUUCACUCCUUCUCCUCCUCAUGCCUCCACUUCAUGUUCCUAUUAAAGCUUAGAGGUUUUCAUACGUCAGCUUAAUACAAACACUACAGUAAAUCCAAAACUUGAAACAUAGUGCUUAUGUACUUUUCAUAAUAACAAUAAUAAUGCAUUUUAUUUCUAGGCGUCUUUCUUCACUUCAGAAAGCUGAGUUUUAGUUGGUUGUUGGUCUCUGCGAACCUGCCUCUAGACUCUGAUGGAGGAGGGUCUUUUCCAUGAAGUUUGUGUGACUGUUGCAUCACUUCCUGCUUUCUCAUUUAGCCUUAGAACAUUAAGCAGAAAAAAUACUUGGUUUAAAGCUAGCACUAGCUCUUAUUUAGUACUGGAACCAGUUUGCUGGAAAAGCCCUUCGUGCUCAGCAGCCUCAGCAGCCUCAGCAGCCUCUGCAGCCUCUGCAGCCUCAGCAGCCUCUGCAGCCGGCUCCUCUCCGGAGGCCGUAUCAUUCCUGCUGCUGCAGUCAACAACUCCUCCAGGGUGUCUUUUAAUCAGUGUGACUUUUACUCUCUGCGGCAUUGUGGCCUGCAGCAUUAAAAACGGGAAGCUUUUUUCAUUUAUAGAACUCAUGCCGCGGCCAAAAUGUCUCCCUCUCCUCAUGUAAUUGUUGAAUCUCCAACGGCUGUACUUAUUCUGUCAAUUAAAACUGUAACUAAUAAGUUAGCAACAUGGGCCAAUGUGAGCUCUUUCUCUCAGACUGAUGUGUGUUUGAAAUUCCUGCCACAUAGAAAUAUGAUUCCAUGAUGUUGGGCCCAGUUUGGAGAAAGUCUUAGUUUUAAAACAAGAUAUAAACUAUCACACACUUCUCAUGUUUUCCUUGAUCUUUUAAAAGAUGGGAGUCAGAAAAUAUUCUGAAUGUUAUGUAAGUUGCCAUUUACUAUGGACACAAGGAGUUCUUAUUAACUUAAUGUGUGCGUGUGUAUGUGCGUGUGUAGGUGGAUGGUGUGCUUUAAAUGAAAUCAUCAGAUUUUUAAUUUAGUACAGUUUUUAUGCUAAAUUGAAGAUUUCUGUUGAUAGAUAUUCGCUCUAAGCAGAUUUUUAGAGUUUUCUCAUGCAUACAUGCAGCGUGCUGCUCUGUGAGCUUCAGGUUUUAUGGCAGGACUGUUAGAACUUGUAGGAACCUCAGACUCAUAAUUAAUUUGCCAAACAAUCACCAUCGACAAAAUUCUCAACAUGUGAAUGUUCACAAAUGAUUUUAUGAGUUUAUGUUUGCAAAUAAAGAUGUAACCCAGUUUAUCCCAGUGGAAUAAAUCUGAUGAGGAAAACAACUUCUUGGUGAUUUAUAAAGUAUUUGCUGAAGAAAAUGUGAAACUCUCAACACUGCAGUAGGAUCAGUCCUGCUUAUAUGGCAGCAAAAUUUUGCUUCAUUAUUUGAGUAUAGCGACAUUUAAUAUCUAAAUGAUUAAUAAAGAAUGCAUGUCUUAGAAGUAGGUGAGAACUGGACUGAACAUGAGUGAAGGCAGUCAAGUCACAAUUCUUGGAAGCAAAUUGUGCUUCCAAGGCUGCACAGGCUGCACAGCACUGUGCAGCCUGGAACUGUGGUGUCAUUUGUGAACAUUCUUUUAAAAGCUCUACAUCUUAUUACAUUCCUGGCCAUCAAACCGCCACUGUUUUCAGACCAAGUGGCUAAGCAGCAAAACUAUCUUUCCAACAUGACUGAAUGUAGUGUGAAGCUCUUAGCGCUCUGCAAGUACGACUUUCAGCCUUUCAGGAGACUGGUGUUUGUGUGAAGUGAUAAAUGACCUGUACUUGCACAGCACUAAGAGCUUCACACUACAUCCAGUCAUUCACACUCACAAAUGAUAGAUUCCCACAGCUGCUUCAGAAGCCACAUCAGUCUCAGGAGUUGAUGAAAACCUUGAUUUAAAAUAAUUAAGGCCAGAGGAUGCUGCCUGAUCAACGUCCUGAUCAAGCAGGAUGCUGACGCUCCUUGCAGGAUAAAGAGUUCACAUCUCUCUCCGUCUAACUCUGGAUAAAACUUUACAGUUUUUAAUGAAGGAUCGUUCUUCUGCUUUCAUUGUGCUUGACUUUUAAGCUGGAGAACCAAGACAAAAAAUGAUUCAUUUACUGUUUAAUUCUAAAUGUCUUAAUGGGAUAAUAAUACAUGGAGUCCAUACACCAUUUAUUGUUGCUUCAUUUAUCAGUGUGGUGGCAUGACGUGAGUGUAAUCUUUGCUAUGAUCUCUUUUUCUUUGUAGUGGUGAUAAAUUCAUGAGACAAUUGAAGUGCUAAAUUAAAAGAAGUUAUGAACAGUUUAA